AUGCCAAAUUUAUCAAAAAUAGCUGGCACAAAUUUAUAUUUCAAGCUUGAAACCCUCCAAAGAUGCCGUGCUUUCAAAUUCAGAGGCGCUCUUUCUAAAAUCAGUACAUUACCAAAGGGAUCUACCAUUGUAUGCGCCUCAGCUGGUCACCAUUCUCAAGGAUGUGCUUUAAGUGCUCAAAUCUGCGGAAUGAAGUGCAUCGUAUAUAUGCCACUUACUGCUCCUAUUACAAAAGUCGACGCCACAAAGGGAUAUGGAGCCGAAGUCAGACAAUUUGGCUUUUCAUUUGACGAAGCCUUCAAGCAGAUGCAAGAAGAUCUCGCAUCCAAUCCAGAUUGGAUUUUUGUCCCACCAUUCGAUUCCGAUGAGGUUAUUGCUGGACAAGGUACAAUUGGUCUUGAAAUUUGCCAGCAGAUACCAGAUGUUGACACAGUCGUUGUAGCUGUCGGUGGUGGUGGCCUUGUCGCUGGUGUUGCUACAGCUGUCAAAGCUCUUCGUCCAAACGCAAGAGUUAUCGCUGUCAACGCAGCUGUUCGUCCAGCAACAUAUUUGAAAUACAAGAACCUCAAAGGUCAGCCAAUAGAUCCAAAUUGCGACAAGAAAUUCAUCGGAAAUCCACUUGCAGAUGGAAUUGCUGUUAUUAAUCCAGGAAAAGUUACAUUCCCAUACAUCGAGAAAUACGUAGAUGACUUUGUUGUCGUUACAGAAGAUGAAAUAUCACGGGCUAUUGUCAUGCUCGCAGAAAGAUCGAAGAUGAUUUGCGAAGGUGCAGGAGCUGCUCCAUGCGCUGCAGUACUCUUCAAGAAAUUUGAUUUCAAGCCAGAUGAGAAGAUUGUUUGCGUUCUUUCUGGUGGAAAUAUCGAAUUACCUUUGUUGGCCAGAUGCAUUGACAGAGCGUUGUUCCUUACAGGCAGAAGAGUCAACUUCAACGUAUCAUUACCAGUUUCUAGUGGCCAUUACAUCAAGAUGCUCGAAAUUCUCAACCAAUUCAAGUUCGAAGUUCUGGGAACAUUCGCUCUUCCAAAUGCAAACUGCUAUGCAAACCAUAUAAGAUACGUUGUUACCGUCGAAGUUCCUAAUCCGGCCUUGCUGGAGGAUGUCAAGACGAAAUUCGAAGAAAAUGGCUGGAUUAUCAACAUAACUGAGACGCAGCCAUCUGAUGAAUAA